AGAACAAAAUGGCGAUUUAUUUGUCACAUCCUGUUGUGUUGGGUGAGUGCAUGGCCUCGACGUCGAUCUCGUCUAAGAUUUUACUGUAGAAAAGCCGCCGCUAUUUAUUACUAAUAUUGCGGCGUUAAAUUUCGUGAUGGUGUUCUCUUACAGGCCAUGGAUUUGAUGAAAACGAAUUGUGUGCACGUGGGAGGAAUAUGAGUUCCUAGACUUGUCUGAUGUGAAGGGAGCAGACCUGAGCAGUCUGCAGUGUGCACUAUUUGAAAAUAAAUUGGACUCCGCUGCGGCCCAUACCGUUGGUCGCACGAAACCUGCAAUAGGUGGAUCCUCUGGUGCGAGCAAAGUGGGAAUUCCGACCGUGUCGAACAGCGUGGAUAGUCUGUCGGGCGGCGAGGGCGAGAUGGCGCCUCACUCGCCGGCGCGGAGUGGUGCCGGGCCGGCCCCUCACCCGCCGCCCUACGCUCAACCUCCACCCACUUAUCCACCACCGCACGCGCAAUGGCCUGUAGCACCACCCAACGUGUACGUGAGCCAGGUCACCGCGAAUGUCAACGUACACGGUUAUAUGGGCCAGUACUAUCAACCGCCCACGCCACAGUACGUCCCAUCAACGCAGGAACGUGCUCCUCGUACCAAUCGACGGGACCGACGCGGCAAGCGGCAGCCAUCACCCCCCUCUCAUCAACCCCAACCAUACUAUUUACAGUACCCGCAAUAUUAUCCGGCUGCACAAGCGCAGGGCGCUCCCCUUUACCACUUGCCUUUUUAUCAACCUUUAGUGUAUGGACCAUACACAUACCCUCCAUAUUAUCCAGAGUACCCAAUGCCUGUAGAAGGAGAUGCCGAGAAAGGCCCAGAAGAAUAUCCACCUGAAGUAGUGAUGGAACAAGAAACAGUUGAUGCUUAUUAUGCUAGUGCUCAUUAUGCCGCUCCACCUUACGGGCCACCAGUAGAAGGAGCCGUGGAAUACGUCCCGCCGCUUUACUUACCUACUCCUCACCAUCCGCCACCGUUGCAGCCUCCUCCUCAUCACCACCAUACCCCGCAUCAGUUCAACGUCCACGCCAAGAACUUUGUACAAGGUCAGGGCAGAAAUUAUACACCAGUUGACAAAACACCAGAACGUCGUACGCCGCCAACUGCGACCGCUUCCGCGAACGUUGAUGGGCUUCCCAUUAAAGAUCUUAAAAUAGCAAACAAAGGGCCCAACAGUCCCAAGCAAAAUGAAAAAUCGAUAGAGAUCAGUCAGGUAAAACAAGUUCCUUCUAUGGUAGAUAAAGUUCCUCAAAAGAUUGAUUCAAAACAAACAAGUUCAAUCUCUGACAAAAUGGAUGCUACCAACACUAACCAGGUUCCGGCGGUGGCAAGAAGUUUCCCGCCACAAACCACAGCUGCUGCAUCAGCUGUAAAGAUACCUCCAACUACUGGAAAGUCGGCCAAGGGACCGUCGGCUCCGUUUUCAAGCGGCAAACAACCCUCUAAACCGGCGACACCUCAAACUGUUGUUCCACUCCAGCAGACUGUAUCGACUCCUAAAGCACCGUUUGCAAACAGACAAAAGCGUGAAGGAACAUCUAAUCGAUCACCAUCAAAUGAUAUGGGAGACAAUAAUGAGAGAUCUAUGGUCACAGAGCAUAUCAAAAGAGAACCACCACUACCUCCGAGUAAAGCGCCUAUGCCAAUAUCUAUUACGCUUCAUUCUGCGGGUCAACCGUUGAUUGUGACAAGUAAAGCGCCUUUCGGACAUUCCCGAAAAGCUAGCGGAGCUCCAGAGCCACCACCCGCCCCUCAACCUCCACCACCAGCACCGACGGCUUCCGAUUUCCCUCCACCACCGACACCUCGCAACCGUACCGAGCCACCACCGCCUGUGGUACAGCCCCAACCGCAACCCGCGCCUGGCAAAUCGUGGGCUAGUCUAUUCUCUUCGAAACCUAGUAUACCUGCACCGGCGCCCGUUCCAGCAGUUGCAGCUCCUGUCGUUGAAGAGUCAGUCAGCCCGAUAUCCAGUUCACCUCCUGUCGCUCCCAACUUGCAAAAACCGGUAGCCAAAGUUCCACCGUUUGAUGCCUCUCCCUUGCCGGGUGCCGCUCCCGAUAAAAAUGGUCCGGUUCCAGCCUCGAUUCCAGCGGUGUCGUAUUCUGAGAAGACGUCGGUAAAUUCUGGUAGCACUCAGUCGCCACCAAUGAUAACUCCAAAACCGACGGCAGGCCAAUCCCAUGCCGAACAGCGUGAAGUUCCGGUACAACGCGAUUCCACCCCUGCCGUGCCACCGCAACCUUCACCUUUCAGCGACGAUCCUAAUUCUUAUCGAAUGGGAGAAUUUCUGACUAAAUAUCAGCUAGAUCACCGUCCGGUCGCAAUCUUGCCUCGCGGUUUGACUAACCGUUCGAACUAUUGCUAUGUAAAUGCAAUCUUGCAAGCGUUGAUCGCGUGCCCUCCCUUCUACAACUUGCUCAAAGCCUUGCCGUAUCAAACACGUCGCGGCAAAUCCAGCACACCAGUAAUUGAUUCCAUGGUGGAACUAUGCUACGAGUUCAGUGCAAACGGCACCACGACGACAACGAACGGGCGCGGUCGUGGAAGCAACGCCAGCGCGGCGAGCACCGGACCGCUAGUGCCCGGCGCGCCGCCGCUCGAGGGUGGCGCAGGGCUGCGUGUACUGCGAGCGCUCCGACCCUUCCCUGGCUCACAGGAAGGUAGACAAGAAGAUGCAGAAGAGUUUCUUGGCUGUCUUCUGAACUCUCUCAAUGAUGAAAUGCUUGAGCUGAUGAAGUUAGUUGAGCCUGAUGAGCCCAAAGAAAACAACAGCCAGCCCAAUGGAAUUGUCACUUCUGAUCAGUCGCCUGAAGAGGAGGAUGACGAUGAUGAAUGGAAGGUAAUGGGUCCCCGAAACCGUGGGGCUGUGGAACGUCGUUGGGCGGCGCGUCGUACUCCCGUUGCCGAUAUCUUUCGCGGACGAACCAGGCUGCGGCUGCAUCGCGCUCAGCAUCAUGACGUCACUGAUGCCGUGCAACCUUUCUUCACUCUACAACUUGAUAUUGAGCGUGCAACCAGUGUUAAGGAAGCCCUAGAAUUAUUGGCAGGAAAAGAUACUCUGGAAGGUGUCAGUGAUGCAUGGCAGCAAUUGGCUCUGGAAGAACUCCCAGUAACAUUGUUGUUGCAUCUUAAGUGUUUCCAAUUUGACCAGGAUGGACAUACUGCUAAGAUUGUGAAGAACAUUGAUUUCCCUGUUGAUUUGAAAAUUGAUCCAAAAAUAAUGUCAUCAAAACCAAAGUACACAACAAAACAGCGAUUGUAUAAGCUGUUUGCAGUGGUGUACCAUGAGGGUGUUGAGGCAGUUAAGGGUCACUAUCUCACUGACACUUAUCAUGGGCAAGCUGGAUGGAUAAGAUAUGAUGAUUCAACUGUCACUCAAGUAACAGAUGCCCAAGUAUUGAAGCCGAAACCUCCGAGAAUGCCGUACCUCCUCAUGUAUAGACGCCAUGACACUCUUCUGCCUCACAGGCCGGUGAAGACUGAAUGAACCGAGUUUACAUUCGCUCAUUUCUACUUUCGAACAAUAAACAUCCACGGGCACUUCUGGUAAAACCAGCGUCCUCGGAAUGUAUCAAUCGUAAGUCAAAGUGAGCGAAUUUGUGUACUGUCUUAGUGAGCAGUUUUAUAACCAGUGCGGUGUGUAGUGGCGAUAUGUUGUGGGAACAUUUUUUAAGGAUUUUACUGGAUUUUUCAUUCUAUCCAUGUAAAUGUGCUUCGGAAACUGUGUUUAUUGGUCACCAGAAUUACGACAGGCACUGUUUUCUAAUUUGGAAUGACUAAAUGUUGUCUUGUGACUGCUUGAUUGGGUUUCGAUUUUUAUAAACUAGCAAAGAAAGACUUUGACUACUGAGCUAAUUGAAAUGCUCAAAAUUUAUCUCAAGGGAUUAUUGUACAUAUUGCAAUUUAUGAAUUGUGUGUAUUUGGUUUAUUUUCGAUUUUAAUUCACUUUAAAAAAAUUAAACAAUGCAGGGAUGUAACUUUUGGGAUAAGUUUACAUAAAUUUUACUUACGGAUUGUGCCUUGUUAAUCCAACGAACUCUGUGUUAAUGUUAAAAAAUUGACACAUGAACCGUUUCAUCUUUGAAAAUGUAUAUAGCUAUAUAUAUAGGCCAAACUAAUGAAGUUUUAAGCAGAGUGUGUACAUUUUGUGUUUUAAUUAAAUGUAUUGUGUAAAAACGUAUCUGAAUCUUAAGCUGGUCUCUGAAAUUGUAUUAUAUGUAUGUGCUUCUUUAUAAUUUUGUCUGUAAAUAAUUAAGGUUUUUCUUUUAGUACAAAAUUUUCGUUGCUUUGAUCAAACCUAGCAAAACAACGCGUUUUUUACGAUUUUAUACUAUAGUUACAAGUUAUGAGCCUAAAAGUCGUAUUUCAUAAGUAAAUAUAUGUCCUUGACAAUAUGGAAUUAAUGGUGUUAUAAAAUAUAUAAAAAAAUGUAAAAAAAUAUAUCUAGUAUAUGGAAUUCAUGAUGCAUACUAUUCGAAUAUUGAUCAUACAUAUGAAUAUUAAAAUUUGGUGUGGUGUACAUAUUUGUGAACAAAUUGUACUGUUAGUUAAUAAAAAUUGUAAAUAAAACGCAGUAUUUUAAAAGUUAGUAAAUACAUAAUUCUUGUCAUUUGAUGUGUAUUUGAUAACUUUAAAAACAAGAAAGACUAAAGACUGGCUGAAUAAUCAGAAGGGAAUGAAUAUGUAAUUAUGAAGAUUUCGUCCUAGUUUUAGAAUUUAUUAAUUUUCUUACUAGAAAGCUCUUACAAUAACACUUUG